CCGAGUUUGAGGGAACUCUCGCUGCGAACGCCACUCCUCCAGUGAAUUUGGAGACUGGCUGCGCGGCCAUUGAAUGACUUCGCCCAGCCAAUCCAAUGAGUCUGGUGAUUGUCGACAGACCUGCACAGGUGUUGGCUGGGUGACCUUUGAUCCUGACCGGCAGAAACAGCUGGCCCAUCAAGCCGAUGGCGGAGCCAUGGCGAUGCCGGAGGUGCGAUGUAUUGGUCGAAGUACCGCUGGUGAUCCGCGGACGGAAGGCUGGAUGCAGGUGGACGCCCAUACCUGGGCGCUGAUUUGCGGGGGCAGGCUGCGAACCGUGCACAGGCCAGGAGACUCGGAAGCAGAGCUGCCGCUGUGGCAGUGCGAAGGAGUCAGCUUUCGCAUCGAGCGCAUGCCGCCAAUUCAAAAUCCUCCAGCUCCAAAGGAGGCCCCGCCUGAGGCUCCGGAGCCUCAGCCGAACGCGCAGGCUCGGCACAAAGAGCCUGAAGUGGAAGAGGCGGAUUUAGAGGACAUCCUGAUGGGCGCUGCUCGCGGCGCGCAAGCCGUGGCUUCCCGUGCGCGGACCAUUGUCACGUUCUGGGGUUCGGAGCGCAAGACGCCGCUUGCCCCGGGCAGCUUCGCUUUGGACGUUGCCAAAGCUUCAGGGAAGAUCUGUGCCCAGGCAGAAAAAAUCACCCGAAGAUCUGUGGAGCAGGCUGGGCAGGUGGUGUUUUUCCCCUUUCGCUUCGUGGGUGCCUGGGGAGCGCCGAAGCCACAAGACGAGUGAGCCGAGGGGUUCGGCGUGAUGGCCAGAGCGAUGCCCUGAGGUCCUGCCUUCAGAUCCACGGCCAGUUGAUGAGAC